AUGAGCACUCGAUCCGCUGCUCUGCUAGUCCGCAGAGGCUUAUCUGCAAGGAAGAACAGAGUGCUCCUUGGAUCCACUACUGCAAGGGCUUUUGCAUCAUCUGAGGGACUGCCUGAUAGUAUCAAACGUGUAGGACAAGCUUCAGCAUUCCCAAAUGAGUACCCGGGGCAGGUCUAUGCUUUCAACUGGUGCCUCAACAAAGAUGGCGUGACACCGCUUCAACGAUCGGCUUUUCGCAUCACAAAGCCCCUGGACUUGAGAGUUGCUGGCUUGACUCCUCCCAGUUCAAUGCCUCUUAAGAUCAAGGCGGCUGCCGCAUCAAAAAUGCCCGAAGCCGGCUCUGAAAGUUUGGAAUUUUCAGCAUUUGAUGCUAGCUCUGAACAAACAAGAGAUUUGUUGUCUUUAUCGGACCACCUUUACUGCCCAGAGGGCCAUGUACCAGGAACCAGGACAAGUGUUCGUAUUAUCACCAACUCUUCGACGCUGGCACCCAACCUGUUGGCGUAUCUUGAACGUGCUCCUCGAAAAGAUCCUCCAGAGAGUCUUCCCAUCACUGUGUAUGCAUUGGAAGGAUCCGGUUAUGAAUUUGCUGGGUAUGCAAUUGAGGAGGUCGAAGUCCCAAUAAUCGAUGAGGAUGAUGGUAAGGAUUGGUCCACUGGAGAUGGUGACGUUACAAACGAGGCCAAGUCAGUUGCAGCUGUGGUUGUUGCUGGAUCUGCACCAGAUAUUUCUCUGGUGGUUGCAGGUAUUGAAUUGAGCCAGAAAGCUCUUGCCGAAGAUGAAGAGGCUCGUGCUGCAGAAAAGGCCGAGAAGCAAGCUUAG